UAACCGGACAAACUAUACAAACACAACCUUACAAACAUAGAGACACAACGUUAGCUGACUGAUGUGUCUAAGCCACCACUAUAGGCUAGAACAACUUUAUCGAGUUGACCACGUAACCCACUAACCUUUGUAGCUCCAGUAAUUGAAAUCUCUCUCUCGCUCUGCAGAAUUGCUUUGAUAACUUUAUUUUUACGAGACUUUAUAAUAUUUCCGCUGUUAUUAAUAGCCUCCAAGAGAUCCGAGACUACAACUCUAAGCAUCCACCCAAAACCAAACCACCAACACAACCAGGCCAGAACCAUAUUCCAACAUCCAAACACAGCUCCCGAUCCGUCAGCAAAUAUGAGAAAACUUGUAAAGAAUCCUUUAUUUAACUUCCCAUAUAAUUUUAGAAAGAAGAGCUUAUUCCGUCUUAGAAUUUCUAUUGUGAACAAGACAAUUUAUUUGCAGCCACAAAUUGUAAACCGUAGCAGCAAAGCAGAGUUUACGGACUAUAGAAUAUAAAUUCUUCCCUUUCAUACCAGCCGAGCUCCAUUUCACAAUCAAAUUCCAAUCAUCCGGAGGAUCCAGCACCUUACAGUCAGCCAUGAUGGAUCUCCAUAUCUUCCUACUAAAGCUACACUCGAAGAAAAUGGUAGAGAACACAGCAAGAGAAGCGAGACGCGAGGCCGAACCACCAACAGUCCAAGUCCAACACCAUCGAUCAUCAUGACCGAGGUAGUAUCUCUCAUGGACAUCGACGACGACGAUCACAAGAACGACAACAACCACUCUCUCAAGCCUAUCAACGGCAAGGGAAAGGACGUCGUCGUCGUGGAGGGACAAGCCAUCCCCUGGGUCGAGAAGUACCGUCCUCAGUCCCUCGCCGACGUGGCCGCCCACCGUGACAUUGUCGAUACCAUUGAUAGGCUGACAAGCGAGAACAGAUUGCCCCAUCUCCUAUUGUAUGGCCCGCCUGGCACGGGCAAAACAUCGACUAUCCUUGCUGUGGCGCGCAAGCUCUAUGGAGUGCAAUACCACAACAUGAUUCUGGAGCUGAAUGCGUCAGACGCUAGGGGAAUUGAUGUUGUGCGACAACAGAUACAAGAUUUUGCCAGCACUCAGAGCUUCUCUUUUGGUGCAAAGGCAUCUGUAAAGUUGGUCUUAUUGGAUGAGGCUGAUGCUAUGACAAAGGAUGCACAGUUUGCCUUGCGCAGAGUGAUUGAGAAAUACACAAGAAACACUAGGUUCUCGCUUAUCUGUAAUCAUGUCAACAAGAUUAUUCCGGCACUACAGUCAAGAUGUACUCGGUUUCGUUUUGCUCCUCUUGAUUCUUUUCAUGUCACUGAGCGACUCAAACAUGUUAUAGAAGCUGAAAAGCUUGAAGUAUCCGAAACUGGCUUAGCGGCACUCGUACGACUUAGCAACGGUGAUAUGAGAAAGGCUUUGAACAUUUUGCAGUCAACGCAUAUGGCUUCUCAGCAGAUAACAGAAGAAUCUGUUUACCUAUGCACUGGAAAUCCAUUACCCAAAGACAUCGAGCAGAUAUCAUACUGGCUUUUGAAUGAUUCAUUUGUGGAGAGCUUCAAACGAAUAUCUGAAAUGAAGAUGAGGAAAGGAUUGGCCUUGGUUGAUAUUGUGAGAGAGGUGACAAUGUUUGUUUUCAAGAUCAGGAUGCCAUCAGAUGUUCGAGUUCAGUUAAUUAAUGAUUUGGCUGACAUAGAGUACGGUUUGAGUCUUGGGUGCAAUGAUAAAUUGCAACUGGGAUCGCUUAUUGCUUCUUUUACACGAGCUCGCUCUGCUUUGGUUGCUGCUGCAAAGUAAUUAUGUUCAUCUUAUCAUGGGGUGUUUUCCCUUGGCAUUGUACUUUGUGAGGCAUACAGUUCGAUUCAUCUCUCCAUGGGCACAGAAGUAGACAGAAUCUCAAGAUGUUGUGCGGUUUGAUUUUGGCUCCAGAAGUGUACGUUCGCUUAUGUAGUCUGCAGGUCACCUGACUUAAGAAUGUGGGGUUGUAAGUUGUAAUUGUGCCAACAGCCAAGAUUUGUGUCAUCAACAUGCUGUACCGCGCGCUAAGCUGGCAACAAAGUUUAUGCCUUUAUGGUGUAUUGGAGGCGACAAAUUUAAUUCCUACUUUUUCUUGGACAAAAACAAGUGAGAGAAACUUAGUAUAGUAUAUUAGAUUUCAACACGUUCGUUGCUGCACACCGAACACUAGGAGGCUGAAAAGACAUAUCGUCAGAGAGGUUCACCGGAUGUUCAGCAGAACUACCUCUGAUGGUUAAGUUAGUGAGGGUAAGAUAAAGUAAAUUGAGAGAGUCUAAAUAAAAGUGUAUAAAUGCGUACUUGGUGAAGGGUUCUCCCCUUAUAUGGGCUCAUUGUUUACGCC